GUAUACACAUCUAUAGUUGUGUACUUGUAUCAUAAUCGGAGUCUUUUUCCUUUUAUUUGGCUGAGGUUACCUUUCCCUUGGCCAUAAACACACAAAAUAAAAAAUAAAUAAAUAAAAAUACAAAAUAAUAAUAAAGACCCCCCACCUGCAUAAAAAUGCGUUACUUCUACCUUUUGAUUUGUUUCAUAACCAUCAUACCAACUUUGGAUGCGAAUGACAAAGAGAAUGAAGAGUACUGGAAGAAGCAAACUGAAGUGCUUGAUGCAUAUUGGGAGUAUAGAGAAGAAGUUGCACAAGAAGAAAACAAAGAAGCCUACACACCUGACCCAUAUGCACUCACCAGCAACCUGACUUCUAAUGUUAGCGAACUGAUAAUCGGUGAGAACGAUGGAAGAAGGAAUUUGGGGGGAAAAGCCAGAAAUGGUGACUGUAUGGCAACAAACCCAAUUGACAGGUGUUGGAGGUGUGACCCUAAUUGGGCAAACAACCGGAAGAAGCUUGCAGAUUGUGUGCAAGGUUUUGGCAGAAAAACGAUUGGUGGAAAGAAUGGUCCAUUCUAUGUGGUAACGAGUCCAAACGACAACGACCUGGUGAAUCCUGUUCCUGGUACCCUAAGGCAUGCAGUAACACGAAAUGGACCCUUGUGGAUCACAUUUUCUCAUAGCAUGAACAUUAGGCUGAGCCAGGAGCUGAUAAUGGCAGGUGACAAGACGAUUGAUGGAAGAGGGGCUGAUGUGUACAUUUCUGGUGGGGCUGGAUUCACCAUCCAGUUUGUGAAGAAUGUGAUCAUCCAUGGAAUCAAAAUCUUUGACAUUCAGGUUGGCAGUGGUGGACUUAUUAGAGAUUCUGAGACCCACUAUGGUAUUAGGACUAUGAGUGAUGGUGAUGGCAUAUCCAUCUUUGGCUCCAGCAAUGUUUGGAUUGACCAUGUUUCCAUGAGAAACUGCAGAGAUGGUUUGAUAGAUGCCAUCAUGGGUUCCACUGCUAUUACAAUCUCCAACAGCCACUUCACAGACCACAAUGAGGUGAUGCUGUUUGGUGCCAGUGACAGCUAUACACUUGACAAGAUAAUGCAGAUCACAGUGGCAUUCAACCACUUCGGCAAGAGAUUAAUCCAAAGGAUGCCAAGGUGCAGAUAUGGUUUUAUCCAUGUGGUUAACAACGACUACACUCAUUGGGAAAUGUAUGCCAUUGGUGGUAGCAAGAACCCUACCAUAAUUAGUGAGGGCAACCGAUUCAUAGCACCUAACAACAUUUUUGCUAAAGAGAUAACAAAGAGGGAGUACUCACCAGAGCAAGUGUGGAAAUCAUGGCAAUGGAGCUCAGUCAACGAUGAGUACAUGAAUGGAGCAUUUUUCGUACAAAGUGGGGCUCCACUAAACAACAGGCCAUUCACACGUAAGGACAUGAUAUCAGCCAAACCAGGGUCAUAUGUGGGAAGACUCACUCGCUUUGCUGGAAGCCUUAAAUGCAUUGUGGGAAAGCCUUGUUAGACAUCACAUCACUAACCAACCAAUUAAAUACGUCAUAUAUGUUUUUUCCUUAGUUUAUACAUACUCAUUAUGUGUAUUCUUCAUGUAUAUACUUUCAUCGAUUAAUUGUAAAUGGAAAUUGCACCAAUGUUUAAUUAAAUUGUCUCGGAUAUUUCCCUUCUAA